ACAGUCUUGCCACCUCCCAGAAGGUGGAGCUACAGCGAGAGAGGUGGGAGAGGAACCACUGGCCCAGCAGAGGCCUGUCUCGGCGUUCCAUCAGCAAAGAGCGAUGGGUGGAGACGCUGGUGGUGGCCGACACGAAGAUGAUUGAGUAUCAUGGGAGCGACAGCGUGGAGUCCUAUAUCCUCACCAUCAUGAACAUGGUCACUGGGUUGUUCCACAACCCAAGCAUUGGCAAUGCAAUUCACAUUGUUGUGGUUCGGCUCAUUCUACUUGAAGAAGAAGAGGUGCAUUCUGCACAAAAGUGGCUCUCGGUGGGUAAUUUUCACCUUGGAGAGACUAUAGUUUUCUCCCUGUUUCAUGCCCCUGCCUCCUUAAUACUCUUGUGUUUUGUGCCCUCCUGCAGCUUUGGCAUCCAGCAUGACGGGAAGGAGAAUGACUGUGAGCCCGUGGGCAGGCACCCAUACAUCAUGUCCCGCCAGCUCCAGUACAACCCCACCCCACUGACGUGGUCCAAGUGCAGCAAGGAGUACAUCACCCGCUUCCUGGACCGGGGCUGGGGGUUUUGUCUUGAUGACAUCCCCCAAAAGAAAGGCUUGAAGUCCAAGGUCAUUGCCCCUGGAGUGAUCUAUGAUGUCCACCAUCAAUGCCAACUGCAGUAUGGCCCCAAUGCCACCUUCUGCCAGGAAGUAGAAAAUGUCUGUCAGACCCUGUGGUGCUCAGUGAAAGGCUUUUGUCGCUCUAAGCUGGAUGCCGCUGCAGAUGGGACACGAUGUGGUGAGAAGAAGUGGUGUAUGGCUGGCAAGUGUAUCACAGUGGGGAAGAAACCAGAGAGCAUUCCUGGGGGCUGGGGCCGCUGGUCACCCUGGUCCCACUGUUCCAGGACCUGUGGGGCCGGAGCCCAGAGUGCAGAGAGGCUCUGCAACAAUCCUGAACCCAAGUUUGGCGGGAAGUACUGCACCGGGGAAAGGAAGCGCUAUCGUUUGUGCAACGUCCACCCCUGCCGCCCGGACACGCCCACCUUCCGGCAGAUGCAGUGCAGUGAGUUUGACACCGUUCCCUACAAGAACGAAUUCUACCACUGGUUUCCAGUUUUUAAUCCAGCCCCGAUCUCAUCAAGAGUGAAGGGGAAAAGGAGAAGGCGGGUGUGGGGUCCCCUGUCCGUGUCGGUGACCCUCAGCCUCUCUUCCCCACAGAUGGUCGGCUGUGACUACGAAAUCGGCUCCAACGCCACGGAGGAUCGCUGCGGGGUGUGCCUUGGGGACGGCUCUGCCUGCCAGACCGUGAAGAAGAUGUUUAAACAGAAAGAAGGAUCUGGUUAUGUUGACAUCGGACUGAUUCCAAAAGGAGCAAGGGACAUACGGGUAAUGGAGGUUGAGGGAGCUGGAAACUUUUUGGCCAUCAGGAGUGAAGACCCCCAAAAAUAUUACCUCAAUGGAGGAUUCAUUAUCCAGUGGAAUGGGAACUACAAGCUGGCGGGGACCACCUUCCAAUAUGACAGGAAAGGAGACCUGGAGAGACUGAUGGCCACGGGUCCCACCAAUGAGUCGGUGUGGAUCCAGCUGCUGUUCCAGGUGACUAACCCCGGCAUCAAGUAUGAGUACACAAUCCGGAAAGAUGGCCUUGCCAACGACGUGGAAAAACUGGGGUAUUCCUGGCAGUAUGGCCGUUGGACUGAGUGCAGUGUAACAUGUGGGACAGGUAUUCGCCGCCAGACUGCCCAUUGCGUGAAGAAGGGCCACGGGAUGGUGAAAGCUACUUUUUGUGACCCAGAAACACAGCCCAAUGGGAAACAGAAGAAGUGCCACGAAAAGGAUUGUCCGCCCAGGUGGUGGGCCGGGGAGUGGGAAGCAUGCUCAGCAACGUGUGGGCCCCACGGAGAGAAGAGGCGGACGGUGUUGUGCAUCCAGACCAUGGGCUCUGAUGAGCAGGCUCUCCCGGCUAAAGACUGCCAGCACCUUUUGAGGCCCAAGACCCUCAUUUCCUGCAACAGAGACAUCUUGUGUCCAUCAGACUGGACAGUAGGCAACUGGAGUGAGUGUUCUGUUUCCUGCGGCGGUGGAGUGCGGAUCCGCAGUGUCACGUGUGCCAAGAACCAUGACGAACCUUGCGAUGUGACAAGGAAACCCAACAGCCGAGCUCUUUGUGGCCUCCAGCAAUGCCCUUCUGUCCGAAGAGUUCUGAAACCCCACAAAGGCAUGAUUCCCAGUGGGAAAAAGCUCCCAACAUCUGAGCCGGACCCCCUGAAGCCCAUCCUUCCAACUCCAUUCAGUCCCAGAACGCUGAGCACACCCACGGUGCCCGGGCCUGUGAGCACAAGCGCUCGGGCCGUCAGCAGCCCCGGUCCUACCACGGCCCCCGCACAAGGAGACCUGGAUGCCAAACGGUGUCAGAAUAGUUCACGCCAAACUGAACCGGGCUCCAAUUAUGUCCUUUCCACCGGAAGUACUUCCCAGCCCAUCCUCACUUCCUGGGCUUUGAGUAUCCAGCCAAAUGAAGAGAAUGUUCCCAAUUCAGACACUGCUCCUACCUCACAGGGAGACCUUUUCACCACGACAGUGACUGGUGCUGAUUUGCCGUCUUCCGGCAAGCCUGUGACAUGGCAGGUGACUCCAUUUUACAAUACCUUGACCAAAGAGCCAGGGAUAGAGAUUCAUAGUGGCUCAGGGGAAGACAGUGAACAGUCUGAGAACAAAAAUGAAAACAAGUCCGUAACAUGGACUAAAAUCAGAGUAGCCGGAAAUGAUGCUUCCGUGGUGAGAAGUACGGAAAUGCCCUUUGGGCCUCCACCAACACCUUAUCUCUGGGCACCCUUCAGCACAGCGAUGGAAGGUCUGCUGCCCAGCCAAAGUCCUGCUACUCUCAAAAAUGGUGCGCCUGGCGCUGAGGGGAUGGCCACUGAAAAGCCAGCAAACACUCCAUUCCCUCUGGGAGGAGACCGCCGGCCAGCACCAACAGAACACGCGGUCCGCCAUAACCCUCCAGAACUUCCAAGCAACGCCAAUCUAACGCAGGGUUCCGGACUGGUCCUGACCGAGGAAGAUGCAACAAGUCUGAUCGCUGAGGGGUUUUUGCUCAAUGCUUCGGAUUACAAGGAGCUCUCAACAGGCGGCGGCUCCGCAUACUGGAUUGUUGGAAACUGGAGUGAG